GACCCAAGCAAAGCAGUCAACGUGAGAGAGACGACAGAUUUGAAGCUUGGCCGCCUGGAAGAAGCGUUAGCGGAGACAUUUUCUCCCUUUUAUUCCCUUUAAGAUGGCAUAUCACAGUCCGUACAGAGCCCCGCCGCAAAUCAACAAUCCUCCGGACCAGGGUUUUCUGUGGAAUAUCUUCCAGCGGGUCGACAAGGACCGCAGUGGUGUGAUAUCAGAUUCUGAGCUCCAGCAAGCCUUAUCGAAUGGCACGUGGACGCCGUUCAACCCAGUGACCGUACGUUCCAUAAUAUCCAUGUUUGACAGGGAGAAUAAGAGCGGAGUCAACUUCAACGAGUUUGCCGGCGUGUGGAAGUACAUCACCGACUGGCAGAACAUCUUCAGGACGUACGACCGGGACAACUCGGGCUUCAUCGACAAGACAGAGCUCAGACAGGCGCUGACUGGAUUUGGCUAUCGUCUAUCGGAUCAGUUCUACGGUACACUCAUUGAGAAGUUUGAUCGACAGAGGAAAGGACAGGUGGCCUUCGAUGACUUCAUCCAAUGCUGUAUCGUCCUGCAGAGGUUAACUGAUGUUUUCAGGCGGUACGACACAGACCAGGAUGGCUGGAUCCAGGUUUCCUAUGAACAGUAUCUAUCAAUGGUCUUCAAUAUUGUAUAACGCACAGAGGAGCACAACUGGACACAACUGUGCCAAAAAUGGCGGCACUUCCUGGACGUCUGCCAUGGUGGACACUACAAGAUUUUUUUUUUUUAACUUCACAAAAAUUUGAUACAAAAGAGAAAAUAUACAGAUGUUUUUUUUGUUUGUCAUACAUUUUUUGCUGCAUGUACUUCUUUCGUUGAUGUAUUUA